UUCUUAUUUCCACCAAAAGCAGUGAAACUAGGAAACUGCUUUGCAAUCCAGAGUGGGGUUUCUCUCAUCUUUUAGGCACUUUUUGCUUGCAUAAGGCAGCAAAUACCCCAAACCUUUUAAGCAAAUGGACUGAGGAAAGCAAAGAUUGGUUUAGUCCUCCUCAUAUCUCCAGUCCAGUACUAUUAUGUUAAGCAAUAUAAUGAUACCACAGAUGGGGAAAUGUAUGGGAAACUUGAUCAAAAUCCAAGAAGGGAACACAUUUGGAAAGCCCUGUUGAUGUGCCCUUAAACAAUUCAACUAUAAAGUGAACUUAACCUCUAUAGAGUCUGCAGCUAUCUAUGGCAUCGUGCACCGUACGUUCUCAAGUUUUUCAACAGACAGAGAGAAAGAGACACAGCUUUUAUAUAAUACUAUAUAGUACACUCACACACACAUAUAUAAAUAUAUUGUUUAUAUAUAUUAUUAUUUAAUGAUAUGUGGCAGACUUGUGAGAUUCUUAUUGGUUUGACUUUGAAGAAGAUGCCAGCUUUGAUUGCCAAAGAUAACGCCAUCAAAGACGGUGGUGGCUAAAGAAAGACCACCGUACGUAUGAAGAAGAAUAUCUUUACACUUUUCCUUAUAUAUACUCAUUGAUCAUAUACAGUCUCUCUUCAAAACCACUCUUCAUUUUCUCCCUUUCUUAGUCUUUAACUCAAGUUUACUAUAAGUUUUAAAACCCCAUUCCAAACUUAUUGGCUACUAAAGAAAAAUGGAGAAAAGGGUUAUUGAUUAUAUGUUAGUUCCAUUAGGACUCUUUGCUUUGGUGGCUUACCAUGUUUGGCUUCUCUACCGAGUUAUAAACUACCCCACCAAGACCAUCAUCGGUAUCAAUGCUAUUCACCGCCGUUCUUGGGCUCUUGCUAUGUUGGAGAAUUUGCACAAUAAUGGUGUUCUUGCUGUUCAGAGUUUGAGAAACAACAUAAUGUCGUCGACCCUUAUGGCCUCGAUGGCAAUUAUGUUGAGUUCUCUAAUCGCUGUGUUGAUGACCAGCGGUGGGAAAAACAAAAUUGAGUUGUUUAUUUUUGGAGACAAAAGCGAAGCAAGCUUAUCUGUCAAAUACUUUUCCAUAAUGGCUUCCUUAUUAGUGGCCUUCUUGUUCAACUUGCAAUCCAUAAGUUACUAUAGUUAUGCAAGUGUUCUAGUGAAUGUGCCAUACAAGAAGAUAUCACAAGACGAUGAACACGAGAAGCUCAUAGUUGAUUUUGUAGGAAGGAGUGUGAACACCGGAAGCUAUUUCUUUUCGCUAGGGUUACGAGCUUUCUACAUCUCGUUCGCUCUAUUCUUAUGGAUAUUCGGUCCUCUUCCCAUGUUUGUUUAUAGCUUUGUUUUGGUUUUCAUGCUCUAUUUCUUGGAUGUUAACUUUCAUUGUGGUGCCAUUGUUGAUGUUUCUGAUGAAGACAUAAGUGUUAGAAGACUAAUAAAAGAUGAAGAGCUUGGCAUUAUUAUAGGAAGACCAAUUUAGAUGUUUUUUUUUGGUUGGUCAAACUAGCUAUAGCUACAACUACUUGUUGUUGGAAAAUAACAUUUUUGUAAUCUCAAUCUCUAUUGUGAUUAUUGAUCUUAUUCACUACACAAAAAAAGUAAUGUAUAUAGCGGAUCUUGUUCUGUUU